UAAAUCCAUUUCGAUAUGAUACCAGCACGCUGUUUGACUACAUGCGACGACGAUGAAGAAGAUAAUUCCCGUGUUGCAUUGAUAUUGGGCGAUAAGCCCGUCUGCGGGGAAAAAGCUUUGCUUAUGGCCCCAAAGAUAAAACUGAGCAGCGGCUACGAAAUGCCCGUUUUAGGUUUUGGAACACAUGGAUUGAAAGGUUAUCAAUGCUUAACGGCAAUCCAUUGCGCCGUGGAGACAGGAUUCAGGCACUUUGAUACGGCGUAUAACUAUGAAAAUGAAAAGGAGGUGGGGGAGGCGAUUCGUACCCAAAUGCAAAUGGGAAAUGUCUCAAGAGAGAACAUCUUUCUGACUACCAAGCUUUGGAAUACACACCACGAUCCCCGCGAUGUGCGACGAAUUUGCGAGAAGCAACUCGAAGCUCUAGGAUUCGAUUAUAUUGAUCUCUACCUUAUGCACUUCCCAGUGGGUUAUAAACACAUGUGCGAUGAGAUUCUCUAUCCCAUGGAAGGUGAAAAGAUGCAAACUACGGAGAUUGAUUACAUUGACACCUGGCGGGCAAUGGAGGAACUAGUCAAGCUGGGAAUGGUGCGUAGUAUUGGCGUCUCCAACUUCAAUAUGGAGCAAGUGCAGCGCAUUAUACAAUGCAGUUCUUCAAAGCCCGUUGUAAAUCAAGUCGAAGUCUGGCCAGGAUUCAUGCAAAAAGAUUUAGUUGAUUAUUGUCGCUACAAUGGCAUCAUUGUUACAGCUUAUUCACCCUUGGGUCAACCUAAUCGGGAAAUUCAUACACCAAUUUACUUUUUCUCAGAGGGUAUGAAGCGCUUGGUGAAGAGAUACAAACGUACUGCCUCACAAAUCGUGCUGCGCUAUUUGAUUGAUUAUGGUGUUGUUCCCAUACCCAAGGCUGGCAAUCCCUUGCACAUUAAGGAGAAUCUGAAUAUAUUUGACUUUCAGUUAAAUGAAUCAGAUACACGCGCCUUACGUGGCAUCAAGUCAAAAGAAAGAAUCAUGAAAUACGAGCCCGUCAAGGAUCAUCCGUUCUAUCCCUUCGAACGGGACGAGGAUGAGCAAGGGGAGACAGAAACUCCUGUGUCUAGACGAUCGUCUUCGGCACCUCAAAAGCGAAAAACUGCGUUGCCUGAGCCCGGAGAACAAGAGGGUGACGAAGGCGAUGAAUAGGUGCAUUAAUGGGACAAGUUCGAGAGGGGGUACAUUAAUCUGUUGUAAUCACAUGGUCGUACUAAAUUGUUGUGGGCAAAUUAAAAAGUUGAUAAAAAUUUUAUGUGACUGCGAUUAGUUGCGCCAAAAGCUGAAAUGAUGCAUGAAAUACAUCUGAAAUUGUUGAAUUGGA